GAAGAAAGGCUAGAACAAUAGGCUUCCCCUGAGCUACUUCCGGUCUCACAUUUGGACCAGGAGACAAGGAGACCCAUGGAGUGCAGGAGGAUCUGAGAUUUCACCAGCAAUCCGGAUUUUCCAUUCCAGAAGACGCCAUGGCAGAGCAUGGGGCUCACCUCACUGCGGCCUCCAUCUAUGAGGACAGGCCAUCCAUCUUUGAAGUCGUUGCCCAAGACAGCUUGAUGUCAGCCGUGAGACCCGCACUGCAACAUGUGGCCAAGGUGCUGUCUGAAUCCAACCCUGGCCGGUACGGCUUCCUGUGGCGCUGGUUUGACGAAAUCUAUGCCCUCCUGGAUCUGCACCUCCAGCAUCACUUCCUCUCAAGGUGCAGUGCCUCUUUCGCUGAGAACUUCUACAGCUUGAAGAGAGUGGUGAUGAGUUACGGGGGCAGCAAGCCCAGGCAGAGGCGCUCAGUCACUGCCGGGUUGCCACGUAGGCCUCACUGGAAAUCCCUCUGCCUGCUGGUCCUCGUUCCCUACCUGAGGACAAAACUGGAGGCGUUGGUUUCCCGUCUCCGGGAGGAGGACGAGUACUCUAUCCACCCGCCAUCGUCGGCCUGGAAGCGGUUCUACAGGGCCUUCCUGGCCGCUUACCCCUUUGUGAACUUGGCUUGGGAGGGCUGGUUCCUGGUCCAGCAGCUCUGCUACGUCCUGGGGAAGUCCCGGCACCACUCGCCCAUGCUGAUGUUGGCUGGCGUCCAGCUGGUCAGGCUCACGGCGGAAGAUGUGCGAGCCUUAGAGAAGGCAGCAGCGGCUGUGAGCAGGAGCCCACAGCCAGCAGGAAGCUUGAAACGGCAGGUACAGUCUGCCGCAAAAAAAGCCUUGGGUGGCCUGGCUUUCUCCCUCUCCACCGGGCUCUCUGUGGGCGUCUUCUUUCUCCAGUUCUUGGAAUGGUGGUACUCGUCUGAGAACCAGGAGUCCAUCAAGUCCCUGACAGCUCUGCCUACUCCUCCGCCGCCUGUCCACCUGGACUGCAGGGCAGGCUCCCCACUCUUGCCGAAGCUCAAGACCAUCUGCCCACUGUGCCGCAAAAUCCGCGCCAACGACACAGCCCUCUCCACCUCCGGCUUCGUCUUCUGCUACCGCUGCGCCUACAACUACGUGAAGCAGCACCAGCGGUGUCCUAUCACAGGCUACGCCACAGAACUCCAGCACCUUGUCAAACUGUACACCCCUGAAAACUGAUGGAGGUGGCCCAAACCCUCUGUCUCAGGCACCACGUGGCUGGAUGGGAUACUUGAUU